AUGGGGUUGCUGCAUGCACUAAAGGACACAACCAACAGAAUUGGUUUCUUUUGCAAGAUUGAAAUCCUGGUAGGUCCAGAAACUGAUGCCCAAUUCCAUUUCACUGGUAUCAAAAAAUAUUACAAGUCUUAUACUCUCACAGGGAGAAUGAAUUGUGUACUAGUCACAUACAGAGGUAUUGCUUUGAUUGUCAUAUACUUCAAGUUAAGGUCUAAAACAACACCAGCUGUGAAAGCAACACAAAUGGAUUUUAAAGUGUACCUUAUCUUCUAAGUUCCCAUGCCUGGAGGAACUAAUGUCAACUCGUCAUGUGAUCCUCAAUUUGUACAAUAAAUUAUGAACCUGG